CAUCCCUUCCAUCCGGGGACAGCCGGGGUCGCUCCGGGCUCCGUUUGCCGCCCAUGGCCAGCGCCCAGGAGCUGCCCCCGGCCCUCUCGGAUCUCCAGGUCCUGGCGCUGAGCGGUGUCACCCUCCCGGCCGCGCUGCUCAGCCUCCUGGGCAGCGGAGCCAUCCUGGCGGUCACCUCCUGGCAGGGGCGCUGCUGUCACCUCCCGGUGAGUGCCACCAGCCCCUGGCAGUGUCACUGCUGUCACCUCCCGGUGAGUGCCACCAGCCCCUGUCAGUGUCACUGCUGUCACCUCUCGGUGAGUGCCACCAACCCCUGUCACCUCCCGCUGCGUCCUCUGUUCCUGCUGGCCCUGGCGGAUUUCCUGGGUGCCAGCGCCGUGCUGGGCACGGGAACCAUCCCGGUGCUGCCGGCCCCGCUCUCCGUGCCCGCCUUGGCCGCCUGUCCCUACGGGAGGAUGCUCGCCACGACCUCAUACUCGGUCUCGCUCCUCAUGCUCGUUGUUUACGCGUACGAAUCGCACCGAGCCGUCCUCGGGGGGCGAACCCGGCCCCCGGCAGCGCUGCAGGAGCGGAGCCGCUGCCCGGAGAGCGCCCGGCAGGGAAUUCCCUCGGUCCUGGCCUGGCUGCUGCCGGUGCUGACCCUCCUGGCCCAGCUGCUCGCCCGAGGCUCCGCCGACACCGAGCCCGUGGUGCCCCGAACCGGCUCCAACGGCACCUUCAGCCUUUACUGCUCCAGCUGCCUCCUCCUGAUCCACCCCAGCCGAGACAUCUGCACCCAGUCCGGCGGGAGGAAGAACGCGGGGCUGGAGGAGAAAAUCAUCCUCCUGCUGUACCUGCUGCUGGUGUUCGGCUGCUGCUCGCUCCUGUACCGGCGGGUGCGGCUCCGGUACCGGGGGAAGGCGGCGCUGCCGCUGCUGGGCCCGGACGGAACCGGAGGAUUCGGGGGCGGCGGCGUCAGAAAAGCCUCGCUGAGCUUCCAGCUCGUGUUCCUGAUCUGCUGGACACCAGGCAAGGCUGGGGUGGGGUCACACUGUCCCUGA